AAGCUUGCGAAAAAUGUCAUGUAAAAAAUGAAAAUGGAUGAGAAGGACUUGACAAGCUUAUUAAGUACAAGUGUAGUCAAAGAGGUACCACGUUUGGUCAAUUACAUUCCGGAUUUUAUAACUGAAGAAGAAGAACAGGAUAUAAUUAAAAAAGUCAACAGUGCACCGCUGCCGAAAUGGACACAGUUAAGCAAACGUAGGCUACAAAACUGGGGUGGAAUCCCUCAUGAGAAAGGCAUGAUUGCUGAAGAUGUUCCUAAGUGGCUUAAUAGUCAAAUUGACAAAAUAGCCUCGUUGGAUGUGUUUGAAAAAGAUAAGAGGCCAAAUCACGUCUUGAUCAAUGAAUAUUUGUCUGGUCAAGGCAUUAUGGCACAUACAGAUGGUCCACUUUUUCAUCCAAUUGUUACAACAAUCAGUUGUGGAUCACAUACACUGUUAGAAUUUUACAAAAGGCACGAAACUGAAAAUAAUAUAACUCCAAAACGUGAGUUCAGUUUAUUGCUGGAACCUAGAAGUUUGUUGAUUCUUCAAGAAGAUUUGUAUCAUAAUUAUUUACAUGCUAUUGAUGAAAGAACCACUGAUGUGAUAUCAAGAAAUGAAAUAAAAAAUAUAAACAUGUGUUCACGCACUUAUGAAGAAGCAAAAGUGUUACAGCGUUCGACUAGACUGUCACUCACUGUUAGGCAUGUUCCAAAAACUACAAAAAUAAAAUUAAAAUUGGGAAGGUGA